UUUCUCGCGAAUAAACAAAUACGCAUCACUUCUCAGCCGCUGCAUCGUCAGCUUUUUGCUGCCCUGGAGUCUAGCAACAUUUCCAGAUGCUUUGCAACAAUUCAAAUAAGUAAGUUUAUGUAUGUGUAUAUAUAAAGGCCCUAGGCAGCAUAUAUAUACAUGAUUCAACAGAACAUUCGUCAGUCGCCGGUCUAUCGAGCCACAGCAAGUUCCAGAAGCUCCGCUCUGUACGUGAAAAGAACUUUAAAUACUCUGGCAAGCUUAAAAGUUGUCAAGGUGCUGCCACUGUGCUGCGAAAUUUCAAAUUAUUGCCUAGCGCUGCCACACAAUUGCAUGCAACCUUUGCACAUUAACAAAGCGGAAUUUUAAAACAUGGAUAAUUCCAAUAAGAAUACCGAUAUUGAGAUUAUCCCAAAAUCGAGUGAAGCAUCAGAUGCCAAAGCGGAUGAAGUGGAAUGCUGCAAGGCAAUACUAAUGAAGGCAAAUCAAUUGCAAUAUCAGCUGAACAAGCUGUCCAGCAAAAUAGAUGGUUUGCAGUUGGUAGACCAAUCCGGAUUUAUUGAGGAAUCACUGCAGAACUUUACGCGGGACCUGGACAACCAGGUGGCUUCCAUAAAAGCCAUUCAAAAUAUGCAAGCCGAGGAGUUUGAGCAGAAGUUACUGGAGAAGGAUCGGAUGCGUCUUGAGUUGCUCGACGCAUUGAAUAAGCAGGAGCAGAGCCAUUUGCAGGAGACUGAAAGUCUUAAAAAGCAGCUGGAGGCCAGCGACAAACGGUGCUUGGAGCUGGAGCAUCAAGUCGAGAGCCACAAGAGCACCAUUGAACACAACACCAUCUGUUCAAUUUGCUUCGAUCAAUGGAAUUCGUCUACCGAGCAUCGCCUGGUCUCGCUUGGCUGUGGACAUCUCUUCGGGGACAACUGCAUCAGGGAUUGCCUGCGGCGAGUGCCGGAGUGUCCACAGUGCAGAGCUAGAGCUGACCAGGGUCAGAUUCGUUAUAUCUAUGGACGACCAUUGUAGGAUCCUCUAAUAAUGCUGAGAGAUUUCUGGAGAAAUGAAUGAAUUCAUGAAUAUAUAUUAUGUUAUUAUGUUAUUGAAAAGUUGUUGGUGCUUGAAGAAUUGCGGAACAAUAAAUAUACAAGAGUUUCUAUUUUA